AUGAGCCAAAUUAGAAGUGAUAUUUUACAAGCUCAUAAAAUAAAAGAGGCUAAAGAAUAUAAAUAUAAAAUACAAAGACUUUAUAUAGCUAUACUAAUUAUAUCUAAUAAUGAAAUUAUAGAAUCUAAAUUAAAUGAUGUAAAGCUUGUUAUCAAAAAAACAGAAGUAGAAUCAGUUAAUUCAAGAUUAGAUAAAUUUGAAGAUUCAAGAAAAUUAAUUUAA